GCCACAUUUGGGGGACAUCAGUGUUGCUCUGGUGUCUCUGUUUGUCACCCCUCCAGCUGCGUGAGGGGAGGAGAAGCAGCAGAGGUGUCACCAUGAGCACUUUGUCCCCUGCCACGGAGGGAGCCAGCCCUGCCUGCUGGAGCCAGCCCGGUGGGAAGGCAUCCAAGGGGAGCUGGAAUGAGGAGAGCCAAGAAAACUGGACCGAGUGUGAGAACAGGCAUUGGAGCAAAGUGCCUGUCACACUGCUGCUGCUGCUGCUGUGCCUGUGUGCAGUGGUGGGCAGAGCUGUGCUCUGGCUCCUCGGCUGCUGCAUCCACAGGAACCCCACCAGCACCUGUGUGCUCAGCCUGACCAUGGCUGGCUUCACCUUCCUGCUCUCCAUCACCAUCGCCCUGGGGAUAUUUUCUGUCCCAGAGAGCUUCUGCCACCAGCUGGGCUCGUGGGGUGUGACAGCUGGGCUGAAGGUCACCAUCCUCUUGGUUCUCCCUGCCUCUGCCUCCUCUCUGACAGCCCUCAGUGCUGUUACAGCUCUGUUUGUCCUCCCCGUGUCCUGCUGGCCCUGCCACCACUCCCAGCACUUCCCAGUGCUCCUGUGUGCCCUGCUCUGGCUGCUCUCCUUCCUGCUCACUGCCACCCUCCAUUUCUGCCCUUCGCUGCUCAUGGCCUUGGUCCUGAGCUGCCUCUUCUCAGUGCUCACCCUGACCUGUUCUGCUCUGGCCCUGCUGGCCAGGCUCCUGUGCUGCUCAUGGAAACAGCCCCCAGGGAAGCUCUGUGCCCUGCUCCUGCCACCUGUUGUCUCCUUCCCCUUCUUCACUGCUGAUUUUGGGUACUGGCUCUUGCUGAGGGCGUUUGACUCCUGCCUUUCCCCCAGCACCCCUCUCCCGCUCGCCUGUGCCAAGAGCAGUGCCCAGCCUGUGAUUUACUUCCUGGCUGGGAGCUGUGCAAAGGAAUUCACCCCCUGUGUUAGUGUUGCCUUCCAGAGGGCUUUUGAGGAUGUGCCAGAGCCAGGCCAUAGGGAAAACACCGUGGAACUAUCAUCAGGUGGAAUCAUCAAGAAACUGAGACAUCAUAAAAUAGAACCAUAA